AUGGCCAACUAUGUGUUUGAGGACGGAUACUCACCCUACAACCCUUUCCCCUUAUUCUUAUGGAACCACCUCGUGGAGACCAUCCUCGCCGCCUUCUACCGCGACACCCCCAACAUUAAUCUUCGUCGCGAGUGCCUCCGCACCAAAGACAAUGGCUCUGUCUCCCUCGACUGGGUGCCUGUUGACGACCGCCUCCUCCCCGCCGACGCUCCCCUCCUCAUUCUCCUGCUAUGUGUAACUGAAGGGAGUGAAGACUCGUAUGUGAUGCACAUGUUAAUUAGAGCUAGAGAUAGAGGAUGGCGAGUUGUGGUGUUCAACAGAUGCGGCUGUGGUGCUAGCCCUGCAACCACGCCUCAGUUCUAUUCGACUUCAUUUUUAGGAGAUAUACGUGAGGACGGUGAGGUGGUAGAUCAUGUUGUUGGGAGGUAUUUGGAAGCUUAUCUCUAUGUCGUAGGCUGGUCUCUUGGCGCCAACAUUCUCGUUCAUUAUUUGGGACAUGAAUUUAAUGCGUGUCAUCUCUCUGGUGUUGUGUCGUUGUGUAAUCCUUUCAAUCUGGUGAUUGCAGAUGAGGAUUUCCAUAAGGGCUUUAAUAAUAUUUAUGACAAAUUUCUAUCAAGUAUUCUCUGA